AUGAAGGAUCCCGCGGGAACAGUUACACAGCCAUCUCCCUUACCCGAUGGUGACGAGACAGUACGGCCGGUGGUUUUGCCUGGCGUAACCGUAUCUACGGCUGCCAAUGGCAACGGUACAAGCGUUAAGCCGGAAAAUACCGUCAAAAAUCUCGUGCCGAAAUCUCAGGAUGCGCUGGAUGUAAACACUCUGAGGCCUACCGAACGACAAAGCGGGAAUCAGGCGCAAAGUCGCCAACUCCAAGGCCUUCUAGAUCACACAAAUUCGGGAUUAAACGCUGCUACAUCUGAAACUAUGCAAGACAGAUCUGAUACGCCAGGCAGACCCCGAAGUGUGCAUUUUGUGCAGAGUGCCGACGCACACCUAGACGCUGAAAACAAAUACCAGGUACAACGUAUGAUAGGGAAUGGAUCAUUCGGUGUUGUACAUGAAGCGGUACACUUGGAAUCUGGGAGGAGGGUCGCCAUCAAGAAAGUUCUACAGGUACGUCACGUAAGUUACAUACGAGAACGGCUGCAGGACCCACAAUUUAAAAACCGAGAACUGAGCAUCAUGAUAGAACUCUCCCAUCCCAAUAUUGUAAGGAUGUUCGACUACUAUUACACCGAAACAAUAAGGGACAAAGACAGGCAACGGUAUCUCAAUCUAGUAAUGGAGUUCGUCCCGGGCACAGUACACAGGGUCAUGAGAUCGUACUUUAAAAGGUACAACCAAAUGCCCCUGAAACUUGUUAAGGUAUACGCAUUCCAGAUGUGCAGGGCGUUGGGAUACUUGCAUGCCAUUGGUGUAUGUCACAGAGACCUCAAGCCACAUAACCUGCUAGUGGAUCUCGAGACAAACGCACUCAAGCUUUGCGACUUCGGAUCAGCUAAAAAACUGCAGACAGGGGAGCCUAGUGUCUCAUACAUAUGCUCGCGAUUUUACAGGGCACCCGAGCUUAUGCUAGGAGCAACCGAGUAUACCACAGCUAUUGAUUCGUGGUCUAUAGGAUGUGUCAUAGCCGAAUUACUGAUUGGAAAACCCAUGUUUGCAGGAGACACCUCAAUUGACCAACUGGUGAAAAUUAUACAGGUCCUGGGAACACCAACGAUAGAACAGAUGUACGCCAUGCACCCCAACUAUCAAAAUGUAACGUUCCCAAACAUUAGACCAGCAGAUCUUACCAAGGUUUUCCCCAAGAAUACACCACAAAAUGCUAUAGACUUCGUUUCUAGCUUCCUGCAAUAUGACCCGAAGGAACGAAUGAAGCCUCUCGAAGCGCUCGCGCAUGAGUUCUUUGACGACAUUUUGAACAACAAUACGGAUGUCCAACUGCCUGAGAACCUCCUAGAAUUCACGAAGCAGGAGCUGGAUCUCAUGUCUGAGGACUGUAAACUGAAACUCGGUAUUGUGAACUAA